GUCUCUCUCUCUCUCUCUGAGACAAAUCACUCAAUUAGACACAGGUAUGCAACCCUCUUAAUGUAUUGAUUAAAAGAAAGAGGUGAGUUUUCAUAUAUCAAAGCCCUUUUACUAUACCUUCCGGGAACUGGUGACAGCAAGUACAUGAGUAAAUGUCGGAGAUCAGCGAAGUCAUUGUGCUUUUUGUCUGUGUGGAAGGAGGUGGCUAUAGGCGGAUCCAGCACACGCAGGGUUAAGUACACGAGCCUGAGAUGAUGAGGAAAGACAACUGUUCCCUUAAAGGAGCCGAGAUUCCUCUGUCUUCUGAGUUCUUUCAAGCAAUCAAGCAGCAGCUGUGGCUCUUUCUGAUUCCUGUGGCUCUCAUUCUCAUCCUGCUCGCCGUGUUCCUCGAGGAGAUGGGAUUCUUCUUCAGGAACAGCCACUCCUCCAAGCGGCGCAGACUGUAUCUGUGGAUCCUGGGCAUCUACCCGGUGUUUGGUCUGAGUUCUCUCAUUGGAAUGUUUGUUCCCCGGUCCACUUCACUUUGCAACUUCAUCGCCUCUCUCUACCACUCCAUCACACUGUGGAAGUUCUUGGGGCUCGUCACAGAUUUCUUCGGCGGGAAAGUGCGGAUGCUGCAGAAGUUAAAAGGAGAGCAAGUCUCUCCAAAUCCAUUUCCCUGCUGCUGCUGUUGCUGCCUGCCCCUCAUAGCCAUCAACCGGACCAGUGUUCGGUGGAUGACGGCCGCUGUUUUUCAGCUCUCCGUGGUCCGAACGGUCCUGUUCUUUGUAAUCCUGGUUCUGUGGACGGAUGAGCAGUACGACUAUGGAGACGUCGGCUACAAGAACCCCAACGUCUAUGUGAAUGCUCUAAUCGGGGUGUCGACGCUGCUCUCCUUCUAUGGGUACCUGCUGUUCUACAAGGCUACCCGCCGUGCGCUCAGUGGCUAUGGUCUUCGAGGGAAGUUUGUCUGCAUCGUGUUGAUCUUGUUCUUGUGCGGGCUGCAAAGCGGAAUACUAGAGACGAUAGGAGCUUUUAAAGUGGUUCCCUGCACGCCGCCAUUCUCCAGACUCAUGCGAUCACAAUUGAUCUAUCACUACUCGGUAACCGUGGAGAUGUUCUGCAUUGGCCUCUUCGCUCGACAGUGCUUUCGUAAGAUCGAGCCCGACCCAGAAAGAGGGGAACAGCCAACUGGGCUGCAGAAGGAUGCGGGCGUCCAAACAGAAGAGGAGGUGGAACCAGGCGGGAGGGGCCUGGAGAUCUCAGAGGAGCCCUGGGCUGGGGCCACUAACACUGGUUACCACAGCGACAGCGAGGACAGCCUCUGUCGCAUUGAGCACGCCCCCCUGGACAAGUUCGACUUCUCUCCCUACCCCCAACUGGCUUCAAGGGCUCCCAGGAGCCCUUGUGAAGUGGUACAAGAGGGUAGGAGCCCCGGAAAUUCAUCAGGGUCCCCUGACGUGCGGUUGGAGACAGUUUUGGUUAAAGCACAGAUUAACUAUAGCAGCACAAAUGAAGUAACUGUGGUCUAGAUGGCUGCUUUUCACCCUGUGCUUGCUGUCACGGCAUUGAAAAGUCCUGGGUAGAAUAUAAUGGGUCAGUAAUAACAAGACUUUGGUUCUUAUCACACUCUAAGUAAUAUCACUCAAGUAUUUUUUCCCCCCAUCCAAUUAGAAGACUACCCUUUAAGUAAGUUGCUGUAUUGAAUGGCUUUGAAUAUAAAAGCAUGUGUAAGGAAACUAAACCAGGUAUGUGUUCCUGUGGGAAGGCACACCCACAACACAGAUUUAAGCUGAAUUUAACAAGUUUCCUUUAUUGAUUCCAAUAAUCACACUUUUACAUCUUAAUCAUAAUCAUUAGACACAACAGCCACUAGUUGAAAAUGAAGCAGUAAUUAGUGAAUCAAUCAAUCUAUCUAUUUUAUAUAGCGCCUUUCAUAGUGGAACA